UGGGGUGGAUGAUGUUCGUAUUGUAGGAAUAUGGGGAAUGGGCGGCUCAGGCAAAACAACCAUUGCUAGAGCUGUGUAUGACAAAAUAUCUUGUGAUUUUGAACACCAUUGCUUUCUUCAAAACGUCAGAGAAGGUUUUAUGAAGAAAGGUGAUGUACUGAUGCAAGCAGAACUUCUAUCUGGAGUCUUGAACGAAAAUGUGCAGAGCUUAGGCAUAUUGCGCAGAGGUUACAAUAUGAUACUGGAAAGGCUCAGUCAGAAAAAGGUUUUUCUUGUUCUUGAUGAUGUGGACAAUUUUGCCCAGAUAGAAACCUUGCUAGGAAGGAUGAAGCCUUCAUUUGGUGAUAGAAGUAGAAUCAUCAUAACAACUAGAGAUUUACAAUCUCUGAGUGGAGUUGAUGAGACUUAUUCUCCCAAGUUAUUUCCUGAUGAUGAAGCUCUUCAACUCUUCAACCAGUAUGCCUUCAUAACAAACCAACCCACUACUGAGUACAAUCAUCUCUCAAGGAAAUUAAUGAAUAUGCUCAAGGUCUGCCUUUAGCACUUAAAGUCUUGGGAACUUUUCUCGAUAAUAAAAGUGCACGCGAGUGGGAAUAUGUGUUGGAAAAUAAAGAAGAUCCCACACAGGGGUAUUCAAGAUGUUCUUAGAAUAAG